ACACCGGCUGGAAAAAGAUAAAGAUAGUUGUACACCAAUUCAACACUUUUAUUUGACAGAACUCAACUACAGUCUAACCUUGCCUCUCAUCGGACCUACUGUGACCCUGCUGACACCAUGGAGAUGACCCCCCUGUUCUUCAUACUCUCAUUUUCUUUUGGUCAGACCUCAUCACAUCGCCUCAGAACAUUUUUGAAUUUCGAAACGUCGGUCAAUAAGGUCAACUGGACUACCGCACAGGACAUCUGCAAGAAAAAUGAUUCUAACCUAGUCACUUUGUACGACGAUAAAGAUAUCAACGAAAUUAGGAAUCUUAGUAAAAAGUCGAUUUGGUUGGGUCACAAAAGGGCUACAAACAGAUCCAGGUGGUCAAAUGGAAAGCCUACGACAUCUAACCAACCACCAGCAGAUUUCACUGUUGAAGAUCCAAAGUGUGAAGGCAUUUACAAUAAUACAUGGAUUGCUUUUAACUGCAGCGACCACAAACCUUUUAUGUGCAGCGAUGCCAAAGGAACGUACACUCUAAUUGAACACCAGAAGACAUGGUGUGACGCACUGAGGUACUGCCGGCGUCGCCAUGGUGACCUGGCCAGCAUCAGUGACCAGGACCAGAACAUACAGGUCAUCGAGAAGGGGAAGAGUAGUGACCUUCCUUUCUGGAUCGGUUUGCUGCAUGAUUACUGGGAGUGGGACGAUGAAGGCUGCUCACACUUCCGAAAUUGGAAACACUCUGCUGAGAAUGAAUGUACUAUUUUGAACCAAUAUGCUGAAACAAUAUCUACCCAGAAUUGUUCGUUUGCAGAGUUUACAGUCUUUUGCUCCAAGGGGAACGUAAACUUCCAGCCCGUCAGCGAGCCCAAACUGAACUGGGAGGACGCUCGGGACUACUGCUUUGAGCAUUACGACGGCAUGCUGACCAUCAUGUCUCAGGAGGAUCAGAAUGUGCUAGAAGCAAGGAUGAAAAGAGAGCCUGGUCUCUCGGGUCACGCGUGGGUGGGGCUGAGACAGAGCCGUAUCUUAGGGUUCUGGAUGUGGACCAGUGAUGUCCCAGUGAAGUGGCAUAACUGGGAGGGGGGCAGGGCUCCAGAGAUGCCGCUGUCCAACAACUGUGGCGCAGUAGACUUACAGGGGUUUAAGUGGAGCGAUCAGAACUGUUUGGUCAAGCGUCCUUUCAUUUGUGAGUGGUUUAUUUGAAUGUAAAUAGCAUCUGAUUCUGAGCGGGACCAGUGUUUGGUCCUUUUGAAACUUGAUUACCUGAUGUAAUACAAUUAUUUCUAGAAAUCAAUAUAAUUAAAAAAAAAAAGGAAUUGUGACUAUGCAAGCAUCAUGCAAUGAUAAAAAUGUGUUUGAUUAAUUUCCUUAUGGUCA